CCGCGCACGCUCAUUCGCACGCCUGCGCGCACACCGCGCACCUCGCCGCGCCGCUAACCAGUGCUUCCGUCUCUUGACCACACGAGUGCCAGUGUACUAACAAAAUGCCGAAGAACAUCCUCGCCGAGAUGGGCUCCCAGGUGGGGCUCACCCCCGGACGACAGAACAAGAAGAACGAUGCCGUGGAAUGGGGGAGGCGAGAGAGCGGUCCGAUGGUCAACCCCUCGUUCGAGCCAGACGACUUCCUUCCACAAAGCCUGUCACCGGUGAAGGAUGAGAAGAGGCCAGGAGCUGACAAGGGCAUUUUCCUGGUGAACAUGAAGGAGAAAGACAUGCAGGAGGAGGAAUAUGAACCCUACGACAACAGAGAAGUGGACCACCCUACCACGAACACAGAGACGCUACUGCAUCUGCUGAAGGGCAGCUUAGGCACAGGCAUCCUGGCCAUGCCGCACGCCUUCUCCAAGUCUGGCUACGUGGUGGGCACGAUCGGCACCAUCGUGAUCGGCGUGCUGUGCACCUACUGCAUACACAUCUUGCUGGACUCCUGCUAUGCGCUCUGCAAGCGGCGGAAAGUGCCGUCGCUGACGUAUACCUCUGCUGCUGAGGCCGCUCUGUCUGAGGGCCCUGAUUGGUGCAAGGCGAUGGCUCCGUAUGCUGCGCACGUAGUGAACGCUUUCCUGCUAAUAUACCAAAUUGGCACAUGUUGUGUGUACGUAGUAUUCGUGGCUGAGAACCUUCAGUCGGUGUUGAAACACUUCGGGGUGGAAGUGACGGUGUUCCAAGUGAUGCUGGGAGUGCUCCUGCCCUUGAUCCUGAUCAACUGGGUGCGGGACCUGAAGUACUUGGCGCCGUUUUCGGCCAUAGCGAAUGCCGUGACGAUCGUGGGUUUCGGCAUCAUCCUGUACUAUAUCUUCCGCGAGAUGCCCACGGUGGAGGGCAAGGUACCGGCCGGCAAGAUCACAGAGUUCCCGCUCUUCUUCGGGACAGUACUGUUCGCGCUGGAAGCGAUUGGAGUGAUCCUGCCCCUGGAGAACGAGAUGAAGACGCCAAAGAGCUUCGUGGGCAAGUUCGGGGUGCUGAACCGGGCCAUGGUGACCAUCAUCGUUCUUUAUGUCGGCAUGGGCCUGUUCGGAUACCUGCAGUACGGCGACCAGGCCGCCGGGAGCAUCACGCUCAACUUGCCAUCGGAGACGCUCGGCAGCGUGGUCCAGUGUCUAUUGGCCUUCGCGAUCUUCAUCACGCACGGGCUCGCCUGCUACGUGGCCAUCGACAUCCUGUGGAACGAGUACAUCGGCAUCCGGCUGCUGAGCAGCAAACACCGCAUCAUCUGGGAGUACUCGCUGCGGACUGUCAUCGUUCUUGUUACUUUCGGUCUGGCCGCGGCCGUGCCUGAGCUGGACCUGUUCAUCUCGCUGUUCGGAGCCCUGUGUCUCUCCGCUCUGGGGCUCGCGUUCCCGGCGUUCAUCCAGAGCUGCACCUACUGGUACUACGUCAGCGACUCCGAACGCAUCCGUAUGCUGAUAAAGAACAUCAUCGUCGUGAUCUUCGGCGUGCUCGGUCUCAUCGUCGGCACCUACACGUCGCUCGACGGCAUCAUACGCAAGUUUUCCGCCGGCGAGGAUCUCGCCAACGUCACUGAGAGCAUCCUAGAAGCCACCACCUCCAGCGUGCCCUGAAUGCGCGCAGCCGUCAUCGCGGCCACGGGACUUUUGUGCAAAGGCCGUGGCCACAUAGUGCCAUUGCAGUUUCUUUAUUAACCGUCCUUGGCUAAGUAAAACACUACAGUAUUGGUUAGCGACAGCGUUUUGAACAACUAGAGAUGGCAUUUAUAAGUGUGUGCAAAGUUUUAGAUAUAAAAUCGUCUUUCAAUGUUAUUGAGCUUUUGCUUCUGUGUUCUAUAAGGAUUUGGCCUAGUUUUCGAUGUCUAGCCAUCUCUAGUUACCGCACUUUUGUAGACAAUAAGGAGAAAGUUGUAGACAUGCCAUGCCAUACUCCACGGACAAUAAUAAGACGCUAUAUUUAUGUAAGUACAAUAGGAUUUUAUUAUUAUCGACUCACAAGUGAAGUUAUUAUUUUUAAUCAGACUAUUGAUUUUAGGUAAGUUUUAAUGAUGAUGAAUUUUGUUUUGUGUUAAUUUUAUUUUUUAAGUUAGGUAAUUAAGUUAAGUCAAGUCGACGCGUUUACGUGUUCGCAAAUGUGAGAAUAAGUGUACGUUGCACGAGGGUGAAAUGAUCUUAGUGAGAAUAUCAGAAUAUAAACUAUUAAGCUGAUAGUCACAAGACGCGUGUUACGGAAGGGAAGGCAUAUGUUGAACAGAAUGCUUUCAUGAAGACUAUUUAUUAGCUUUUUGUUGGUUGUUAGUACUCUUUAGGCUAAAGUUUUAUUACUGAGUAGUUAGCAUAAUUUGUCAUAGUUCCAAUCCUAUUACAGUGAGAAUGAAGUACAUCAAGUUUAUCAUAGCAUUUUAUAAUAGAUUAUUUAUCUAAUUAUUAGUACAUAAUGUCAUGAAAUUGUUGUAUUACUUUGUGUUUUAUGAAGCGUUGACGAUGAUUUAAAUAUGUUAUACGUGAACUUAACAAUUCCUAGAAGUGCUUGCAAGAUAAACACGUAACUAUUAACUAUACAAACAUGAUACAAACUAACAAAGUUACGAACAGUAGGGCUUUUGGCAGGUCCAUAAGUUCGUUAUUAGUUCUGCUCAGAUUGAAAUACUCUGGACAAGCACUUCAAAAGUAAAAUGACUUUAACCUAAUUAAUUUUUGUUUUAUGAGUACAAUAAUAUUAAAAAUAAUAAUUUAUGAGACAGAUAUCGUUUUACCUCGCAAACUGUUACCGUUAACAGAUUGAGGAAACACACAACCAACUACCCUCUUACUUAUAAAGUGAGGAUAAGGACUUAUGUAAUUAUGUAUAUCUAAUAGCGAAAUUAAAAUGUAUCACAGGAGAAAUUUAAUUAUACACUAAUGAAAUUAUUUAUACAUAACAUUAAUUAAUUUAUAAUGUUUAUUUAAAUUCACAAAUGGCAUUAAUUGUUUAUGGUGUUAUAAAUUGAGUUCUGAUUAAUUUGAAAUCCGUGUAACCUGCCAUAUGCCAUCAAGAUAGGAAUAGGUAAUUUUAGUCGUUAAAUGCAACAAACAAUAGUAAGAUGUACAAACUUUAUUUAUUAUUACUAUUUACAUAUAACAAAACAAGAGGAACAGAAAUAGCGAGUUUUAUGACCGGCUUUUAUUUAUAAUAUAAUAUGACUAUAUUCAUAGCCUGACUGCAAAUCAAGAUAAAAUAAUAUUUUUUUUGGCAUCUAGGUACUAUUACUUUCCCAUAAUGUUUUCUAUAUUAAAUCAUAAUUUUUAUUUACAAUUUCGAAUCAUUUUUUUAUUUUGAAUACCGUAAGUACCUUUUAUUUUGAUACCAAUAAUUUUAGUUGCAGUGAUAAAGUAAUGCGAUUGUUAUGAAUUUACAAUGCGUAGUCAGGCUUAACUUUAAGACAACUACAUACCGACAUGUUUUGAUUAAUCUGUGAUGUUAAAAUAUUAAUGGAGUUGUUUUAUUUCUUAGUUUUUAUUUUGGUUAACUAUUUUGGAAAAUGUCUAGUUUUUGAUGUGUUUACACGUCAGUGAUACUGUGCUCAGAGCAAGUUUGGGGUGCAAUCCCAUUUAAUAAAUUAUACUAUUGUAUUAU